GCCCCCCCCCGCCCGUUCCCAGGCCCGCAGCGCUCGGCAGGAAAAUGUUACUGUCCGUCCAGCCGCGGGCCGCCGUCGCCACCUUCGGCUACAAUAAACCCGGCAAGAAGCAGCCUUAUGUGUCAGUGGCCCAGCAGAUGGCGCCCCCGAGUCCCAGCGGCAGCAACAACAACAGCGGUGGCGGCGGCGGCGGGGGAGGCGGGGACCAGCUGAGCAAAACCAACCUGUACAUCCGGGGCCUGCACCCGGGCACCACCGACCAGGACCUCGUCAAGCUGUGCCAGCCAUAUGGCAAAAUUGUUUCCACGAAAGCUAUCCUGGACAAGACGACCAACAAGUGCAAAGGCUACGGCUUUGUCGAUUUCGACAGCCCCACGGCGGCGCAGAAGGCCGUGACAGCGCUGAAGGCCAGCGGGGUGCAGGCCCAGAUGGCGAAGCAACAGGAGCAGGACCCCACGAACCUGUACAUCUCCAACCUGCCGCUCAGCGUGGACGAGCAGGAGCUGGAGGGGAUGCUGAAACCCUUCGGGCAGGUGAUCUCCACCCGUGUCCUGCGCGACCCCAAUGGCACCAGCCGCGGCGUCGGCUUUGCCAGAAUGGAGUCCACAGAAAAGUGCGAAGCCAUCAUCACCCACUUCAACGGGAAAUACAUCAAGACCCCCCCGGGGAUCCCAGCCCCCUCAGAUCCGCUGCUUUGCAAGUUUGCCGACGGGGGGCAGAAGAAACGCCAGCCGCAGGGGAAAUACGUGCAGAAUGGGCGUGCCUGGCCGCGGGACGGCGACUCGAGCGGAAUGACCUUGACCUACGACCCCACCACGGCUCUGCAGAACGGGUUCUACCCGACCCCCUACAGCCUGGCGCCCAAUAGGAUGAUUGCUCAGACCACGCUCGCCCCUUACCUCCCGUCACCCAUGUCCUCCUACCAGGUUCACAGCCCGUCCUGGAUGCACCAUCAGUCGUACCUCAUGCAGCCCACGGGGACGGUGCUGACGCCGACCAUGGACCACACCAUUUCCAUCCAGCCCGCCUCCAUGAUGGGCCCCCUGACCCAGCAGCUGGGCCACCUCUCCCUCAGUAGCACUGGCACGUACAUGCCAGCGGCAGCAGCUAUGCAAGGAGCUUACAUCCCUCAGUACACGCCCGUGCCUUCCUCCAGCAUCUCAGUUGAGGAGAACAGCGGCCAGCAGAGCCAAGUGGCUGUCGAGUCUCCGUCAGAUCAUGCUGCCUACUCCUAUCAGUACAGCAAGUAACUGCAGCUGGACCAGGCGUCUCUGCUCCGAGCACUCGCCCCGAGGGAGAUCGCCACCUCCUCUUUGAUUUGUGCUGCAUCUAGAAGGUCGAAUCCAAUAUUUUUUUCUUCGUUCGUUUCUUUCUUUUGCAAAGAAAACAGUUUUGUAAAAAAAAAACCACAAACAAACAAAAAAAAAA